GAGACUUGGACGUUUAAAUUCCCAGUUGAAUUUGCUUUUACAAAAGACGCUGCAGAUGUUACUUUAUGGUUAAGGUAUUAACGGUUUGGUCCAAAAUGCUCUCCGAAGGAUGCACAUAGCUUUCCUAUCUUUACGAGGCCUUUGAAACUAUUGUUUUAAACUAUUGUUGCACACGAUACAUCGUACACUCUGGCGUGUUUUGGUUUUUCGUUCUUUUGACUUUUAAAAGGUUUUAAAUGUUUGUCACGCUGCAAUGUUAGGUGAAGAAGACAUUUGGACACUACAGAGAGGAAUGUGUCUUUCAUCGAUUGUUUGCGUACUUCCGAGAGGACUGACUGCUAGCUAGCUAAGCGCUAAUAAUAGCUUAAGCUAUCUGACACGAGCAUGAUGUCUCAAUGAAGACGUCGGGUUGUCGUUGAUGUAAUGACUGUGAUGAUGUAAAGGCGAAAUUGUCUUAAAACCUCGUCCCCUUGUUGUGUUGCUGACGUUCGCUUUACAUCACGGAGCGCGGGCUAGCGUGACUGUGGAGCGAUAACUCGUCUUUCGGUUAGUCAGUUCUGCACGUUAGAGAAGGAACUCUCCGGUCAAAAAAAUCGACAGUUUAAAUAAAAAUCACAAGAUCGCCUUUUGAAGCACAAUUUUUCAGAGCAAAGUUAUUUUAAUUUUUAAAGUAUAUUUAGGUGUGAACAAACGUCGCAUUUGGUCUCGAGUCUUGGGAGUGGAAGAUGUCGCUGUACAGGGGCAUCGGCGGCGAUCAGUACAUGAGAAAACGCAUACCGAAGAAUGCAAAGUAUCAGCACAUCAAAACAAAACUGGACACAGGAGUCAGCCUCACGAAGCAUUUAGAGCGUCUGGAGGACAUUAAAAAGAACUACAAGUGCAACAGAGGUGAAAUCUUCAAACGCUUUAAAGUGUCAACAUUUGCAGAACUGAUACUUCAGGUGGCGUCUGUGUCAGACCUCACUGAAAGCGUCAGUGGCGAUUCGUGUCACAGCCUUCACGAAGGUGAUGCCGCAAUGGAGUCCAAAGACGCUAACGGCUCAACAGAGACGUCACCACCGUCCGAGCCUCAGCACGGCGCACAGGACCAGGAACCCAGCCAGACCCCCAGGUCCACGCUGCUAAGCGUCAUCAAUGGUGUCGGCGAGCUGAACAUGAACGGGGACAAAGCCAAGCCGCUGGACGACCCAGAUGCUGAUAAGCCGUACCCAGAGUGCCCCUACUUGCUGCUCGACGUGCGUGAGCGUGAUCAGUACGAACAAUGCCACAUAAUCAGCGCCCACAGUUUCCCCAUUGCCAUGCUGUCGCGAACCAUGAACCCCUACACCAAGGAAGUACUGGACUAUAAAAAUGCUGCUGGCAAGAUUAUCAUCGUGUACGACGAGGACGAACGCAUCGCCAGCCAAGCGGCCACCAUCAUGCAUCAGCGAGGCUUUGACAAUCUCUUUCUGCUCAGUGGAGGUCUCAGGGUAAUUGCGCAGAAAUUCCCGGAGGGGAUGACGACGGGGCCCUUGCCUCCUACCUGCCUGCCUCCUCUCGAACCGACGAAGUGGAAGAAGUGCAUUCCACCACCACCGCCGCCAUCCUCACAGGUGGCGGAGAAAAGAUGGAGGUUUACUGCGGACGAGCUUGCCAGGAUCGAGGGCCACCUGGACAACAUUGCCAUCACGAGUAGCAGCAGUCGUACGUCCAGUCGCAUGUCCACCUGCAGCAGUCUGUCCAAAGCCUCCAGUGUUCACAGCCGUCAGAUGUCCUCUCUGUCCGGGAGGGACAGCGGUCGGGUUCAGAGGCCCUGGAAGUAACCCCACCCAACCCCCCACCGCUGUGUGAAGUAUUUUCUCCUGCUGGCUGCAUUAGUUUCUGCUAACACAGUCAAUGAAUGUGUUUGCACUCCAAUGAAGAUGUCACUACUCAGAUCUGUGGAUCAUGUAAGUAUUUUAUUAAUAUUUAAUGUGCACGCUGGCAGCUGGGACAAAACAUCUGUGUGCGUGUGCGCCUGUGUGUGUGUGUGUGUGUGUGUGUGUGCGUGCGCGCAUGCCACCUUCCUAAAUCUGAAUGUUCGUAUGAUAAGACACGUUUUUUAUGCUGUACUUCACAUAUAAAGUGCUUCACAUAUCACAGAAGUGUCUUUACGAUUUUAUUCGGUGAUGAAGCUGUUUUAUGCAGACUGAUUGUGUUUGAAUGAGUGUACGUGUGAUUGGUUCACUGCUGCAUUAACAGUGUAAUAGAAAGUCUUGCUGCCUUCCUUGUUGGAUUUGCAUCUCAAAAGAUCAUGUGAUCAGAAGUGAUUCUUUUUUGUCUUCUACAUGGACUUGAAAUGGCCUGGUCUCCUCAUUUAAAUAAAAGUGUU